UUUUAUCAAAUAGAACAUUUGAUGAGGGAGUAUAUCAUUUUCCAACUCUCUUUCUUAGAACUUUAAAAUCCAAAAAAUUUUGCUAAGUAGCUUCUUGUAAAGUCCACAACUUCUUCUCAGUAAACAAUAGGUCUACCUCGGCGUUCUAGACGGGCAAGACGGCCAUAGUAUAAAUCAUCCUUAGUCUUCUCAGGUAACAAUAUUGCUCAUUUCCUAACAUUUUUUCUCCUUAAAUCUUCCAAAACACAGAAAUUCCUUUCUGGGUUCUGUUCUUCAAUCUAAAAACUCAUCUGGGUUUUCCUUAAUCUUACUAAAAUCUGUAAAUAUCCUACUAAAAUCACAAUUUAAGCAUUGAAAUCAAAAAAUGAUAGACAUGGUAGAAAUGACAGUAUCACCACCACCAUUAAUAGACCCAACAACCUCAAAAGUUUCUUCAAUAUCCACCCAAAUCAUGACAGUUACCAUUAUAGUCCUAUUCUUUGUAGUAGCCUUUUGUUUCUUUCUUCAACUCUAUGCAAAACGUUUCUGGGUUACUCCAAAUGAAGACCAGCAGAUACUCACAUGGCGCCGGCAAUUGGUUCUUCAGCGCUCCGAAUCCUCGGGUCCUGCGCAUCAGACGGGUCUAGACCCGGCAACACUUGACUCCUUGCCUGUUGUGGAGUAUAAUCCAAAGGAUUUUAAAGAUGGGUUAGAAUGUUCUGUUUGUCUUUGUGAAAUAUCACAAGGGGAAAAAACAAGACUUUUACCUAAAUGUAAUCAUGGGUUUCAUUUAGAAUGUAUUGAUAUGUGGUUUCAAUCUCAUUCUACUUGCCCACUUUGUAGAAACCCAGUAACUUUUGGUAAAAAUUUGGUUAAUGUUGAGGUACAAGAUCAUGAAAAUGGGUAUGAUUCAUCAGAAUUCCCGAAUUCUGAUGAUGAAAAUGAUGGGUUCGCUAUAAGUUAUGAUGGGUCUUUAUCAUUAGGAUCUAGUACUUCUGGUGGUAAUGAUCAUGAGAUAGUUAUUGAGAUACCAAGUGGUGGUGUUGAUGAUGAGUUUUGUGAGGAUUGUUUGUCGUCUCCCAAAGUCAAGGCGGCGAAAACGCCGGUGAUGAGGAGGUUGGCUUCAUUGAAGAGGUUGUUGAGUUUGGGAAAACGGUUGGCUGUUACUUCACCUAGUGUAGCAUCUUGCUCUUGUGAUGCUGCACAUCAAGUUUAAGUCUUGACCAUAGUUUUCACGUGUGUUUAAAACAGACUUGAUAAUAUAACAUUUAAUCGACUUUAAAAUUAAACUUGACUUGGCCCGAGUUUAAUAACGUGUUACUAUUUAGAAAUAUAUAAAAAUAAAAAAAGACCUAAGAUAUGAUUAUGAGCGGUCUUUGAUCUAAAAUCGAUUCGAUGACUCGAAGAAAAAGCUCUGAUUUUACCAAUUAUAUAUCACAAAUUUGAUUUUGUAGAUUGGGUGAUUGUUGUGUUUUAGAUUAGAAUGAAACCCAAUACCCUCAUUUGUUUAUGAGUGGAAUUCAUUCUUUUGUUUUAGGCUUUAUACUAAAGAUGGUAAAAAAAAACACUUUCAGUAUUCCGCAUAAGGCAGGGUUUGGGUAGGAGUUUCUUAUUUUUCCUGAAAGAUACAGACAAAUCAUACCCGUUCCCUCAAGGAGGGAGUAAAGAAAGAUGACGCAGUCGAGAAACCCUCCAUUAAUACCUGCUCCCAGUAGGGGUCAAAUCCCAAACUUUCUGCUACACAUGCAAAUGCUCUUUCCAUUGAGCCACAAGCACUUCUGGUAAAGAUGGUGAUAGACAAAACAUGAAAACAUAUUUGUUCAUUUGAGAUCAUGUAUAGAGUUAUGUUAAGUUUCUUGAUACAAUGAGGCCGAUUUAGUUGUAAUUGUAUAUAUAUAUGUCCUUCGUUUCAUUAUACUUGUUAUAUUUGAAUUUUUAUGCG